CGAUUUCCAUUCCGAGCAGGACUUCCACAGAAGCUGCAGCUAGGAGGAAAAAAAGUUGCACGCUUUCUCACGCCACGCACCGAGUCGCGCGUGCUCCUCGGGCUCCUUAAAGACGUGUGCGCGCGUGAAUCGGACCUUGGAGAUAUUUUUUUUCUUCUUGCGUGCUGUGUCUGCGUGUAUGAGUGUGUGGGUGCAUGUAUGUGCGUGUGAGUGCGUGCGAGUGUGUGUGCGGUAGAGAAUGUAUGAGUGUUAAGCGCUGAUGUAAAAAAAAAAAAAAAAAAUACAAUUUGAAAAAGAAAAAAAAAGAGGCACCCACAUGCAGUCGGGUGGUCGACUCGUGCCGAGGAGCUCCUCCGGAGGCGCGCGCGCGCGCUGCCACUCCGUUCCACCGUCGGGCGAGAUGGUUGAGCUGGUCCGUCGCCGCGUCCCGCGCACCGCAUCGCCGUAACGCCGCUCUCUGCCCCCGCUCGAGCACCAGCUUCACCGUGCCGGUGGAGGGGUGGGGGGGAGGAUAGGAGGGAUAAAAACAUACCUCAGCUUUUUUUUUUUCUUCAUCCCCUUCUUUCUUCAAGACGCUCCGACAUGCCCGAGACUCACGGUGGAUUUGUACUCCUUUCCGACGGAGGAUGCGUCCGGGACUCCUCGCGCGCCAGGAUCAAAGGCGGAUUCGUCAUCUGGAACGUCGUGUUGUCUUUGAUGUGCACCCGCGCGCACGGUUUCAUUUACACAUGCGGUGGGACGUUCAAAGGCAAAAACGGGACCAUAGAAAGCCCCGGAUUUCCACACGGAUACCCGAAUGGAGCGAACUGCACUUGGGUUAUUGUUGCAGAGGAAAGGAAUAGAAUUCACAUCGUUUUUCAGUCCUUCGCCGUGGAGGAGGAAUACGACUUUUUAUCGUUAUACGACGGCCAUCCGCACCCCGCCAACUUUAGAACAAGGUUAACAGGAUAGGUGCCCGCUCCAGUCACAAGCACAGGCUCGGUUUUCUCCCUGCGGCUCACCAGUGACUUCGCUGUGAGCGCCCACGGCUUUAAAAUCUAUUAUGAAGAGCUACAGAGCAGUUCCUGCGGAAACCCAGGCAUUCCCGCCAAAGGGAUUCUGAACGGCACUCGGUUUAACGUGGGUGACCGGAUCCAAUACCGAUGUGUCCCGGGCUACUCACUGGAUGGUCAUGCUCAGCUCACUUGCGUCACCAGCACAUCCAACGUAGCUGCGUGGGACUUUCCUGUGCCCAUUUGCAGAGCGGAGGACACGUGCGGAGGAACCUACCGGAGUUCCAGUGGAGUGAUUUCCAGCACAGAUUUUAAGAACGAGUACAAGAGCAGUGGAGAGUGUACAUGGACCAUCGUGGCUGAUCCUGGAGACACCAUUUCGCUCGUCUUCACAGACUUCCAGAUGGACAGCAAGUUCGACUACUUGGAGGUGGAGGGAUCCGAGCCACCCUCUAUAUGGUUGUCUGGGACAAAUAUUCCGGUGCCUGUCGUCAGCAACAAGAACUGGCUUCGGCUCCAUUUCGUCACCGAUAACAGUCACAGACACAAAGGCUUUACUGCUCAGUAUCAAGUGAAACGGUCUGGAGACUUCAAAUCAAGAGGGGUGAAGCUGCUGCCCGGGAAAGACAACACAAGCAAAUUUGCUAUAAUGAACGAAGGUGGUGUGAAGCAAGUGUCCAACGAUUGCUCAGACCCAGGAGAGCCGGAGAACGGCCGCCGCAUGGGCCAUGAUUUCAGCAUUGGCGCCACGGUCGGGUUCACGUGUGACAGCGAUCACGUGCUGCAGGGCUCCAAGAGCAUCACCUGCCAAAGGGUUGCGGAAGUCCUCGCCGCAUGGAGCGACCAUCCGCCCGUGUGUAAAGUCAAAACGUGCGGCUCGAACCUCUACGGCCCGUCUGGCACUUUUACAUCUCCCAAUUUCCCGAUCCAGUAUGAGAGCAACUCGCAGUGUGUGUGGAUAAUUACAGCCAGUAACCCCAAUAAGGUGAUCCAGAUCAACUUCGAGGAGUUUGACUUGGAGCUCGGGUAUGACACGCUGACGAUAGGAGACGGAGGAGAGGUCGGAGACUCCCGAACCAUCAUCCAAGUUCUGACUGGCAGCUUCGUGCCUGACCUGAUUGUCAGCAUGACCCAUCAGAUGUGGCUCCAUCUGCAGUCAGACGAGAGCGUCGGCUCCAUAGGCUUCAAAAUCAACUACAAAGAAAUCGACAAGGAGAGCUGUGGAGAUCCGGGCAUCCCUCUGUACGGCUUCCGUGAGGGAGCGGGCUUCUCCAACGGCGACGUGCUACGCUUUGAAUGUCAGUUCGGAUUCGAGCUCAUCGGCGAGAGAACCAUUUCCUGUCAGAACAACAACCAGUGGUCGGCCAACAUCCCUAUCUGUAUUUUUCCAUGCCUGUCCAACUUCACCGCCGCCUCAGGAACGGUCUUGUCCCCCGAUUACCCAGAAGGCUACGGCAACAACUUGAACUGCGUGUGGCUGAUCAUCGCCGAGCCGGGAAGCCGCAUUCAGUUGGCUUUCAACGAUUUCGACCUGGAGCCGCCCUACGACUUCCUGACUGUGCGCGACGGUGAACUGCUCGGCCGUUUCACUGGUGCCGAGGUGCCGUCGCACCUAACCAGCAACUCCAAUAUCCUGCAGCUGGAGUUCCAGGCCGACCACUCCAUGUCCGGCCGAGGCUUCAACAUCUCCUAUAGCACGUUCGGACACAACGAAUGUCCCGACCCCGGCGUGCCCAUGAACGCGAAACGCUUUGGGAAUAACUUCCAGCUGGGCAGCUCGGUAUCGGUGGUGUGUGAAGAAGGCUUUAUCAAGACUCAAGGCUCGGACACGAUCGUGUGUGAGCUGGAGGAAGGCGGAGUCAUGUGGAGCGGUUUGAUUCCCAAGUGCGAAGCUCCAUGUGGUGGUCACUUCACUGCCGUGGUGGGUCUGAUCCUCUCUCCAGGGUGGCCUGGUUAUUAUAAAGACUCUCUGAGCUGUGAGUGGGUGAUCGAGGCCGAGCCGGGACACUCCAUCAAACUCAGCUUUGACAAAUUUCAGACCGAGCUCAAUUACGAUUUCCUGGAGAUCCACGACGGCCCAAACUUGCUGUCGCCGCUCAUCGCUUCUCUGAACGGCACUCAGGUUCCUCACUUCCUGUUCAGCAGUGGCAGCUUCCUGUAUCUGCUCUUCACUACAGACAGCAGUCGCUCCAACAGCGGCUUUAAGCUCUUCUAUGAGAGCAUGACUCUGGACACACACUCUUGUCUGGACCCCGGUGUUCCUGUGAACGGAGCGCGUUACGGUCACGACCUGUCCAUCAGCUCGGUGCUGAGGUUCUCAUGUGACCAAGGCUACCGGCUGAGCCAUGACGAGCCGCUGGUGUGUGAGAGGAGCCACUGGUGGAGCCACCCCCUCCCAAGCUGCGAUGCUCUGUGUGGUGGUGAUGUAAAAGGACCUGAUGGCAUCAUCUUAUCUCCUGGAUUCCCGGAGCUCUACCCCAACUCAUUAAACUGCACGUGGACGGUGGAGGUCAGCCAUGGCAAAGGCGUUCAGUUCACCUUCCACGCUUUCCAUCUGGAGGAUCACCACGACUACCUGCUGGUGACAGAGAACGGCAGCUUCGCUCAACCCCUGGCACGUCUCACGGGCUCGCAGAGGCCCUCGAACCUCAACGCCGGCCUGUACGGCAACUUCCGAGCCCAGCUACGCUUCAUUUCUGACUUCUCCAUCUCCUUCCACGGCUUCAACAUCUCCUUCAGUGAAUAUGAUCUGGAGCCCUGCGAAGAUCCGGGUGCCCCUCGAUUCGGGGGCCACAGCAGCAGCAGCUUUGGCGUGGGCGAUUCGGUUACAUUCUGGUGCCUGCCAGGUUACCGGCUCCAGGGCACACAGGGCGUCACGUGCCUGGGUGGCGGACGGCGCACAUGGAGCGCCCCUCUGCCAAGGUGUGUGGCUGAAUGCGGAUCGACCGUUUCUCAGAACUCCGGCGUUCUCCUGUCCCCAAACUACCCUCUGAAUUAUGACAACAACCACGAGUGCAUUUAUAACAUCCAGGUGCAGAGAGGGAAAGGCAUCAACAUCACAGCAAGCAGCUUUCGUUUGGCUCAAGGUGACAUCUUGAAGGUUUAUGAUGGACUGGAUAACACGGCAGACGUUCUUGGAGCCUUUUCCAGUUCCUCUAUGUUGGGAGUCACGCUCAGCAGCACCUCCAACCAUCUUUGGCUGGAGUUCUUCUCAGAUCAGGACGACACUGCUGAGGGCUUUAAACUCACUUACAACAGUUUCGAACUCUCUCACUGCGACGAGCCUGGUGUGCCUCAGUUCGGCUCCAAAAUGAGCGACCAAGGCCACUUCGCUGGAAGUGCCGUCACGUACCAAUGCGAUCCAGGCUACACACUGCAUGGCAGCGGGGUGUUGAGGUGUAUGACCGGUGAGAGGCGAGCUUGGGACCAUCAGCUUCCUUCCUGCAUAGCCGAAUGUGGUGGAAGUUUCAGAGGUGAGUCUUCAGGCCGGAUAUUAUCUCCUGGAUAUCCGUUCCCUUAUGACAACAAUCUCCGCUGUACCUGGAUCAUCGAGGUGGACUCGGGCAAUACUGUCAGCCUCCAGUUUCUAGCUUUCGACACGGAAGCAUCUCAUGACAUCUUGAAGGUGUGGGACGGGCAUCCGGAGAACGAGAUGCUUCUGAGGGAAGUCAGUGGCUCGCUGUUGCCUGAUGGGAUCCACAGCACCCUCAAUGUAGUAACCAUUCAGUUCGAGACUGAUUUCUACAUCAGCAAGUCAGGCUUUGCAAUCGACUUUUCCAGUUCAGUAGCGACCGCCUGCAGGGACCCAGGCACCCCAAUGAACGGCACACGGAGUGGUGAGGGCAAGGAACCGGGCGAUACCAUGACCUUCGUCUGUGACCCAGGCUACGAACUGCAGGGCGAAUCUCGGAUCACCUGCAUUCAGGUGGAAAACCGAUACUACUGGCAACCGAGCCCUCCUACCUGCAUCGCUCCUUGUGGAGGAAACAUCACAGGAUCAUCUGGAUUCAUCCUGUCUCCAAACUUUCCUCAUCCCUACCCACAUAGCAAAGACUGUGAUUGGUUCAUCACUGUGCACCCUGAUUAUGUCAUCUCAUUGGCGUUCAUCAGCUUCAGCAUUGAGCCCAAUUACGACUUCCUGUACAUUUAUGAUGGACCGCACACCAACAGCCAUCUGAUUGGGACGUUUCAAGACAGCAAGCUGCCGGAGAAGAUAGAGAGCAGCUCGAACAUCAUGCACAUAGCCUUUCGCAGUGAUGGUUCAGUGAGCUACACCGGCUUCCAUCUGGAGUACAAGGCUAAGCUGAGAGAGGCGUGCUUUGACCCAGGCAGUGUGAUGAACGGUACUCGACUGGGCAGUGACUAUAAACUGGGCUCCAGUUUGACCUUCCACUGUGAACCAGGCUACCAGCUGCAGGGCUACUCCACUCUCACCUGCGUGAUGGGCAACACCAACCGACCCGAGUGGAACCGAGCGCUGCCCAGCUGUCAAGCACCUUGUGGAAGCAGGUCAACGGGGUCAGAGGGCACCGUGCUUUCACCCAACUACCCUCGCAACUACACCAAAGGCCAGACGUGCCUGUACGAGAUCUCGGUGUCAGGCGAGUUCGUGCUUUUUGGACAGUUCAUGUUCUUUCAAACUACCUCCCAUGAUGUGGUGGACAUCUAUGAUGGCCCUUCUCAAGAUUCUCCACUUCUAACUUCCAUCUAUGGAUCCCAUUCAGGAGAGCCUCUGCCUCUGAGCGCUGGCAACGAAAUCACCAUAAAGUUCACCGCCGAGGGUCCGAACACUGCCAAAGGCUUCCAUUUCGUCUAUCAAGCUGUACCGAGGACCAGCGCAUCGCAGUGCAAUUCGGUCCCCGAGCCUCGGUACGGAAAGCGGAUCGGGAGCGAUUUUGGACUUGGCGCCGUCGUGCUGUUUGCCUGUAACCCUGGAUACACACUACACGGAGCCAGCGCCAUCCGGUGCGAGUCUGUACCCAACACCCUGGCACAAUGGAAUGGCACGGUGCCGUUAUGCACAGUUCCCUGUGGAGGUGUCCUAACAGCACGCCGAGGAACCAUCCUCUCCCCUGGUUACCCUGAACUUUAUGACAAUCACCUUAACUGUGUCUGGAAGGUCUUCGUUCCAGAAGGAGCCGGAAUUCAAAUCACAGUCGUGACGUUUUCCACAGAACACAACUGGGAUUCUCUGGAUUUCUACGACGGUGUUGACAGUAACGCACCGAGACUUGGCAGCUACUCAGGAAUCACCAUCCCACCGCUUCUGAACAGCACAUCCAACAACCUGUACCUUACGUUUCAGACUGACAUGAGCGUCUCAGGGGCGGGGUUUCACCUGGAGUACGCAGCGAUAGGUUUGGACUCCUGUCCGGAGCCGCAGACUCCCAGCAACGGCAUGAAGAUUGGCGAGCGGUAUAUCGUCGGGGACGUCGUUUCCUUCCAGUGCGAUCAGGGAUACACGCUGAAGGGAAGUGCGUAUAUAACGUGCAUGCCAGGACCCGUCAGGAGAUGGAACUAUCCGGCACCUCUCUGUCUCGCCGAGUGUGGAGGUUCUUUCUCUGACAUGACCGGAGUCAUCCUAAGUCCCGGUUUUCCUGGAAAUUACCCCAGUGGCCUUGACUGCAUCUGGACCGUGCGACUUCCUGUCGGAUUCGGGAUUCACCUGCAGUUCCUGAAUUUCUCCACUGAGGCCGUACACGACUAUCUGGAGGUUCGAAGUGGGAGUUCCGACUCAGGCACUGUGAUCGACAGGUUCAGCGGCUCUGUCGUUCCCGAUUCGCUUUUCAGCACCACCCACGAGACGAGCUUCAUCUUCCACAGCGACUACUCACAGAACAAAGCCGGUUUUCACAUCGUCUACGACACUUAUGAGCUUCAGCGCUGCCCAGACCCGCGUCCCUUCCGAAACGGGCAGGUGAUGGGCACAGAUUUCGGCGUGGGCAUGACUAUCUGGUUCCAGUGUGAUACGGGAUAUACGCUUCUGGGCCAGGCCUCACUCACCUGCCUGCAUGGAAUCAGCAGGAACUGGAAUCACCCUGUUCCUCGCUGUGAAGCACUUUGUGGUGGAAAUCUUACCGCUUUGGAGGGCACCAUCUACUCUCCAGGUCACCCCGAUGAUUACCCAAACCUGAAGGACUGCACUUGGACCAUCAGGGUCCCACCAGGAAAUGGCAUCUACAUCAACUUUACUGUCCUGAACACCGAGCCUAUUUACGACUACAUCACUGUGUGGGACGGCCCGGACCAGACCUCCCCUCAGCUGGGUCAGUUCAGCGGCAGCUCGCUUCAGGAAGCCGUCUCCAGCACCUCCAACCACAUCCUGCUCAAGUUCCACAGCGACUUCAGCACCAGCGGCUUCUUCACUCUGCUUUAUCACUCGUACCAGCUCAGAGUGUGUCAGCAUCCUGUGCCUGUCGCGAACGCCGAGAUCCUCGCCGAUGACGACGAGCUGGAAAUCGGAGAUAUCAUCAGGUACCGGUGCCUUCCAGGCUUCACGUUGGUGGGCAGUGAGAUUUUGACUUGCCGUCUGGGCGAGAGGUUGCAGAUGGAUGGCACUCCUCCAGUUUGCCAAGUGCAAUGCCCCAAAAACGAGGUGCUGUUCGACUCGACCGGUGUGAUCCUGAGUCCGGGCUUCCCGGAAAACUACCUCAACCAGCAGAUAUGCUCAUGGAUGAUCAGUGUGGAGAAGGGCUACAACAUCACCCUGCACUUUGAGCUCUUCCAAACUGAGAAGGAGUUCGACAUCCUGGAGAUCUUUGAUGGACCCAAUAUGAAGAGCCCGAGCAUGGCGGUGUUGAGCGGCGAGCUGGCCGUUCCCUUCACCCUGAGCACCACCGGCCACCAGCUCUUCCUGCGCUGGUCCUCAGACCACGGCACCAACCGCAAGGGCUUCCGCAUCACGUACGUGGCGAUGUACUGCAGCACCCCAGACUCUCCGCAGCACGGCUUUGUGGUUAGCCAAACCGGUGGCCAUGCCAACAGCGUGGUGCGCUGGGCCUGUGACCGCGGGUACCGGCUGAUCGGGAAGAGCAUGGCCAUGUGCAAGAGGACCGAAUUCGGAUAUCUGACGUGGGACUCGUCCGUGCCAGCGUGUCAAGCUGUGUCGUGCGGCAUGCCAGCAGCUCCUGGGAACGGCGGCGUUCUGGCACCCGAUUACUCAGCCGGCACACGGGCGACGUACUUCUGCAACGAAGGCUACCGGCUCUCCUCGAAAGAAGUGACGAGCACGGUGUGCCAGGCUGAUGGGACCUGGAGCAGCCACAACAAAAUCCCACGCUGCACAGUCAUGGUGUGCCCCAGUAUUGGCUCCUUCACGCUGGAUCACGGCAAGUGGAAGAUCGUUAACGGAUCUCGGUACGAAUACGGAACCAAGAUCGCCUUCAACUGUAACCCCGGUUACUACCGCCUUGGCCCCGCCCACAUCCACUGUAUGUCUAAUGGGACGUGGAGCUGGAGGAAUGAAAGGCCACGCUGCAAGAUUAUUUCUUGCGGGAUGCUGCCCACUCCUCCUAAUGGGAAGAAAAUUGGAACUCAAGCGACCUUCGGAGCGACGGCUAUUUUCACCUGUGAUGUGGGCUACAUUCUGGUCGGCUCGACGGUGCGAGAGUGUCUGGCGUCGGGGCUGUGGAGCGGCUCGGAGACUCGCUGCCUGGCGGGCCACUGCGGAGAACCUGAGCGAAUUGUGAACGGUCAGGUGAUCGGAGAGAACUUUGGCUACAGGGACACAGUGGUGUAUCAGUGCAACCCAGGCUUCAGACUCAUCGGUUCUUCUGUACGCAUCUGCCAGCAGGACCACAGCUGGUCGGGACAACUGCCAUCGUGUGUGUCGAUCAGUUGCGGCCAUCCAGGAAGUCCCAUAUAUGGGCGUACGGUGGGAGACGGUUUUAACCUGGACGACGUGGUCAGCUUCCUCUGCAAUGACGGCUAUGUGCUGGAGGGACCGUCUCAGUCCCAGUGUCUUCCUGACCGCCAGUGGAGCCAUCAACCUCCCAGCUGCAGAGUGGUUAACUGCACCGAUCCCGGGAUUCCAGCUAAUUCCAUACGGAAGAGUAAAAUUGAGUUUGGGAAUUUCACCUUUGGCACUGUGGUGUCGUACGACUGCAAUCCCGGGUAUUUCCUGUUUGGGGCGUCGGUUCUGACCUGCCAGCCGGUGGCGUACUGGGACCGGCCGUUACCAGAGUGUAUGGAGGUGGAAUGUGGUCACCCUGGCGUUCCGCCUCACGCACUUCUGAUUGGAGAAAAGUUUACGUUCGGUUCCUCCGUACGCUACACGUGUAUGGGAGGAAGGCGGCUGAUCGGAGACACCACACGGACCUGCCAACUCACUGGUCACUGGAGCGGCUCCCUGCCUCACUGCUCAGGUGAGGUAGCCGGUGAGUGCGGUGACCCAGGAACCCCUGCUCACGCCACACGUGAAGAAGGAACCUUUCAUCAGCGUGUUAAAGUUCGCUUCACCUGCGCCACGGGACACACGCUGUACGGUUCGGCCGAGCGCAUCUGCUUCCCCAACGGCACCUGGUCAGGAAAACAGCCCACCUGCAAACCGAUUCAGUGUGGAAACCCCGGCACUCCUGCUAACGGUCGUGUCUCUCGUGUGAACUCCACGUCGUUCUCUCAUUCUGUUGUUUACUCCUGCUCUGAUGGUUAUCGACUCUCCGGGACGCCAUCGCGAGUCUGCCUUCCCAACGCCACCUGGUCCGGCUCUGAACCCAACUGCACACUAAUAAGCUGCGGUGAUCCUGGCAUCCCAGCCAACGGGCUGCGUUUCGGCGAGAUCUUCACCGUUGGCCAGAACGUCACCUACACAUGCCAGCCAGGGUUUCUGUUGGAGAACACCAGCAUCAGCAUUCGGACCUGUACCCACAAUGGAACCUGGAGUGGCACCUUACCCACCUGCCAAGCGGUAAUGUGUCCACCUCCACCUCAAAUCUCCAACGGUGAAGUCGAGGGCUCCAUGUUCCAGUGGGGCACCAGCAUUAGUUACCGCUGCCUGAACGGAUACGAGCUCUCUUUCCCUGAAGCUCUUACCUGCGUGGGCCAAGGAUCCUGGAGCGGUGACGUGCCCUUGUGCAUGCCCAAGUUCUGCGGCGACCCAGGUGUCCCUGCCCAUGCCAAGAGAGAAGGCCAGAGUUUUAUCUUUAAGUCAGAGGUGUUUUACAGCUGCAGCGCCCCCUACGUGCUGGUGGGCUCUUCCACGCGUGUGUGCCAAGCCGACGGAACGUGGAGCGGCUCUCAAUCUCGAUGUAUAGAACCGACCAGGACGACAUGUGAGAACCCUGGAACUCCUGAAUACGGUUCUCUAAACGCAAGCCUAGGCUUCAAGGUGGGCAGCACCGUGCGCUUUUACUGUCAGAGCGGCCACCUGUUACUGGGCUCCACCACACGGACCUGCCAGACUGACCUGACCUGGAGCGGAGCCCAGCCGGAGUGCAUCCCCCAUUCGUGUAAGCAGCCCCGCACUCCUCCACAUGCCAGUGUGUUGGGUAUGGAGGUGCCCUCACUUGGGUACAUGCUCGUGUACUCGUGCCAGCCUGGUUUCCUUCUCACCGGAGGCUCCGAACAUCGCGUGUGCAGGCCAGACGGAUCUUGGAGCGGAAAAGUGCCUGUGUGCCGAAUGGGAUCAAAGCCGGUGGAGAAAACCACACUUCCUGUCCAAGGGACUCCGAGUCCCAAAGCAAGCGUUCCUGGCGACGUGUUCGCCCCGGCGUACGUCUGGAAGGGCUCUCUCGAACACAAGGCAGCGAAACAGCCCGUGACUCUGACAAUCAGCGACUUUAACUCCACCUCAGGCAGAGUGAACGCCACUCUCACCAACAGGAACACAGAGCUCUUACUGUCAGGUGUGUAUAAGAGCAGUGAAGCUCGUCUCACCCUGCAGCUGUUCCACCUGAGGGCUCUGGUGCAGGGAACCCAGGCGAAGCUCAGUGAGGAGACGUGGACCAUGGACGGCUUUGUUUCAGCCGAGCAAGAUGGAGGACCAUACGUGUUCCAAGGCAACAUCCAGGGCCGGGAUUACGGACAGUUUGGGCUGCAGAGACAAGGCCAGAACAUCACGGAGACGACGAGAAGCUCCGAGGCACCACCUGGGACCAACAGCAGCUCCGUGGCUGUGGCGAUUCUCGUGCCUUUUUUCGCUUUGAUAUUCGCAGGGUUUGGAUUUUAUCUCUACAAACAGCGGAGGACGGACAAAGCCGAGUUCUCGGGCUGCUCCCCGCACGAAAACAGCAACGGCCAGGCCACGUUCGAGAACCCCAUGUACAACACCAACACCAAAAGCAUUGAGGGCAAAGCAGUGCGCUUCGACCCCAGCCUCAACACCGUCUGCACCAUGGUUUGACACGAGCGAACUCCUCGUACCGGUUAGCGUUCGGGGUCUUUUUUGUUUCUUUCCGGACCUUUGCGGUGGUUCGCACAGAUUUCCUGAAGAGAGACUCAAGCACAGUCUGAGGAGCCAAUACCCAUC